GGGAGCGCAAACGUAUGUACAUACGCGCUGUUAAAAUUGGCGCAUUCCAGGUGACACCUUCGAAGAGGAGGAAGAAAGGAACAACCCUCACGUAUACACAUAAGCAUACAUACACGCAUAUAUAUUGCGCACCUGCGGAAUGGCAUUUUUGAAAAAUAAAAUAACAAAUCGGAAACGACUUUUUUUGCGUCCCCCAUGGGGCACAUUUUGCUACAUUCCAUUUUGUUUAUCUUCCAAUUAGCUCUCCCUGGAAAGCUUGCAAACGUCCCAAAUCUGCCAACAAUUCCUAACCUUCCAAAACUUCCCCUCCUUCCAACACUUCCCACCCUUCUUAACGGAAGAAACGCGCCACGUUUUGAGAAAAUACAAAUGACAGGAGCAGCACAAAAGUGUGAAUAACCCAGGGGUCAAUUUUUUUCCUUUUUAAUUCCCCCCAACCCCCCUAAUUGUGAAGCUUUAAAAUAUUCAAACAGUUAUGCACACGUCGUCUUCCUCCCUGGACUGAAAAAACUGCCUCACAAGUAUUUGACACCCCCUUUGAGCAGUUUCCCCACGCGCUUCUCCUCUCUCCAUCCAAAUGGCGAAUAUUAAAGAAGCGAAAUAUGACCUGGGGUUAGACAUGACUGUAGAGGAUCAGAAGAAAAUAGGAAAGUUCACCAACCUACAUUUUAAACAAUCGGUUUACGAGCAAAAGAUAAAAUUAAUGAACGAAAGUAUUUCCAAUAUUGACGCAUCGAUAGACGAAGUUUCUUUGGUGUUCGAUCCGCAAGAUGUUAUGUUGGGCAUAGGUGACUGCUUCUUCAGCGUCGACACCGAGUACAUGGAGAAAAAUCUCGAGCAGGUAAAAGCCGAGGAGAAGAAAAAUUUGAGGAAGUUGGAAGCCGAAUAUAAAAAUAUGCUAAGUGAGAAGCAACAAUUGAAAACGGAGUUGUAUGCAAAAUUUGGAAACAGGAUUGACCUCAACUGAGAGGUGUCUCUUUGCCCAAUUGGAGAAGCGUGCAAAAUGGCAGCCACAGGACUGUGUGGCACCCUAGUCG